CCCGUUGGUUUCCCACCCAUCGUCCGCGCCUCCCCCUUCCUCCCUCUCCCCUCCUUCCCCUUCUCGUUCUCGCGCCCUGUCUGACGCCAGACUGGAUCCGGCUGGGCGACUUCGAACCGAGACCCCAAAACCCGUUCGCCUGGGCGCCACGAGGCCACGCAGCACACGCACGCACGCUCGAUCGUGCGUGCGCACAAAGUGUUCUAGUGUAUCAGACGACAUCCGAAUUCCGAUAAUGUGUGGAACAGUGACACAGACAUAGUGGAAGAUCGGGGCCAUAAGAUACGCACUUAAUUGUCGUAUCCAUCUUCCACCCGACCCUUCCACCGCUUUCCCUCACUCGGAAAAGGCGCCACCUGACGCUCGGAUCAUGACGAACGGGUGGAAUCCUCGAGUGGAAUGUUGACAAGAACUCGCAAAGCGAGAACCCAUUGUCAGUGACUCAGUGUUGUCACCGCUCUGGCGCUCCUUGGCCGAGCUCUGGAAGCAUGUGAAUCAACCCCCGCAACCCACUUCAUCAACGUCCCCCCGUCUCAGUCGUCACGCUCUGCCGUCCAUCUCGGCCGAUUGUGCCGUGGCAUGCAUUUGACGAAAUCUGACGACACCAGCACGGAGUCUGCCGCGCUCCCUGAUCUAAUCUGCCUAAUGGGUCCGUCUUCUACCUACCACUGCUGUGUGGAUGUCAAAGUGCGGCCGUCCUUUGCCCAUCUUUGCGGUCGAAGGAUCGAGGCCGGAUACUACUUUUCGGUGUUCUCGGGUUCCUAGCGCUACGACAGACAUUUAGCCGCCCGUUUGACAGCCGUCAUUUAGCCCCUUCACGAAAAUUAAACUCUCCCGCGCACCGACCGACGAACUUCAGCGCCGGUCCUGUCACGCCUGCAGUUCGCCGACUCUGUUCACUGGUCCUGUCAAAGUUUGCGUUUGAUCUUGAAAGCGAUCGACCUCGUCGACGUAGGGUUCCCUGGUCUGCCCCGUCGCUUCACCCCCAAUACCGGAGGGCAUUCACUGACGGAGCGAAGAGCCGACGAGGGGAAUCCCGCCCACGUCAACUUCUCCUUCAAACCGCCAACAAAUUUUCUUCCACCACAGUCCACGUCCUUGGGGCCUCGCAAUCCUCGGGUGGCCGCGAACAAAUUGCGGGAUGUGACGGUGUAGCCAUGCUCGGCUGGAGGGGCCCCCUUGUCGAGCUUCGUUGCGAACAAAUUAAACAACCCUGACAUCCCAGCGCUUCGCCUCGGAGACAGAUUCCGCAAAGAGCUUCUCUCCCCUCGACUCUUCCAUCUUGGCUCGCAACCGCCUGGCCGGGUCAUCCAGAUGGGCCGAAGGCCGCAGCACCUGCGCUCGCUGGAGGGGCCGGGGGAAGGGGGGGAGGGACCCGGCGGGGCUUCUGCGAGAUUCAGAGGCGAGCCGCCCGCUGCAAUACGCCCAGCCAUCAUCCUGCGGGCCUGUCCGGGAAGAGCCUGUAAGUCUGAAGAUACGGCGGACGAGAGGGUACCAGAGUCCCCCAUGAAGUCAUUUGCUCCUUCGGUGACCUGUCGUUUCAACGAUAUUGCAGGGCCCCGUACGCUUCAGGUGAGCGUUGGCGUGCAUUAGCAGACAGACAUGUGCAGAUGAAGCCGAGAGAUGCGCACGGCUCGUGAGAUCCAUCAUCAUCACUCUUGGGUAGUUUUGAGCACUUUCUUCCCCUUCUCCCCAUCCCUUCUUGCACAUGGCGACUCCAUCACCGCAUCUACCCCCUCUCCCUCUCCUUCGCAACCUGCCUUGGCGCUGAGGCAUGCAUACCCUUGAUGACAUUCGAGGCUCCGGAGGCCUUGGGCGCUUCGUGGAUAGUGUAAGAUCACAAUCGAGAUAAACUAUCUUUCCUGUCUUGAUGAACCGUGGACCACGAAAGGCUUGUGUCAGCCUCCUUCCCACGUCCCUGCCUUAUCUAUCAACC